AUGGAGACUUGCAAGAAGUUUCUGUUUCUCGCUUUUGCCACUUUCUCCAUCAUACACUUUGUUCAGUCUCAGAAUCAACAAGGAUUCAUCAGUAUUGACUGUGGAUUAGCUUCCAGUGAGUCUUCUUAUGUGGAACCAGUGACCAAUAUCACUUACAUCUCUGAUGCUGGUUUUAUCCGCGGAGGCAAAACUGGUACCAUCAAAAAAGACCUUGAGACAGACUUUAUCACAAAGCCGUAUAGGGUUUUGAGAUACUUUCCUGACGGAACGCGGAACUGCUACAGUUUGAGUGUCACGCAAGACACAAAUUACCUCAUCAGGGCAGUGUUUGUUUACGGAAAUUAUGAUGGUCUUAAUAUUUUCCCAAGAUUCGACCUCUAUCUUGGUCCUAAUCUUUGGAAAACCCUAGAUCUGCGAACAACAGAUUUUGGUUCUGCUGUUGAGGAGAUUAUCUACGUCACAAGAUCUAAGGUUUUGGAUAUAUGUCUUGUUAAGACAGGAACAAGUGCGCCGUUUAUAUCAACCAUUGAACUAAGACCUUUGCCGUACAACACUUAUACUUCACAAACCGGUUCCUUGAAGAAUUUAGUGCGCUACUACUUCACCAAUUCUAACAACACAAAACUGCACCGCAAAGAUGUUCAUGAUCGUAUUUGGACUCCGUACUUCCAGCCAGACUGGACGCAUAUAGACACAACCCUCAACGUAACUGAUUCGUCUGGUGGCUAUGACUUGCCACAAGAUGUAAUUAGGACAGCAGCCAUACCCACUAAUGAUAGAGAGCCAUUGAUCUUUUCCUGGAGUUUGGAAAGCUCUGAUGAUGAAACUUAUGCUUACAUAUAUGUCGCCGAUAUCCAACAAGUGCGAUCCAAUGAAACAAGAGAAAUAGAAAUUGUGGCGAAUGGUAAAGUCAUAUUCUCACCUAUUCGUCCCAAGAAGUUCGAAGUAGAGAUGCUAACGAACACUGUACCGCUAAAAUGCGAGGGAGGGGUAUGUCGAGUGCAGUUGUCAAAAACGCCAAGGUCCACUCUUCCACCUUUGAUGAAUGCUUUAGAGAUUUUCACAGCCAUUGAUUUCCCACAAUCAGAAACAAAUCAAACUGAUGUCAGUGCUAUUAAGAAAAUAGAUUCAGCAUAUGGAUUGAAUAAACUCAGUUGGCAAGGUGAUCCAUGUGUUCCCAAACAAUUCUCGUGGAUUGGUGUACGCUGCAGUGUUACCGAUGUUUCCACACCACCAAGGAUCAUAGCAUUAGACUUGUCUGGAAGUGGAUUAAAUGGAGUUAUAGCGCAUGGCAUACAAGAUCUAACCCAACUUCAAGAAUUGGACUUGUCCAAUAACAACUUAACUGGAGAAGUGCCUGAGUUUCUAGCCAAGAUGAACUCCUUGUUGAAAAUAAACUUAAAUGGAAACAAUCUUAGAGGUCCUAUUCCUCAAGCCCUUCUUAAUAGAAAAAAGGGAGGACUACAACUAAAUCUUGAAGGAAAUAAAGACCUAUGUGUAUCAUGCCAUUCAAAAUUUCCAUUGGUGGUGGUUACCGCAUCUGUUUCAUCUCUUGUGGCCAUUAUCAUAAUUGUGUUAGUUAUCAUCUUCGUUUUAAAAAGGAGAAAGACAUCAAGUGGGAAAGGUAAGUACUCACUAGAGAAUUGUAUAAAUAAAGAAAAAUAUGAGAUCAUACCAAAAAGAUUUACGUAUUCAGAGGUCAGAGAAAUGACAGAUAACUUUCAAGUUGUGUUGGGUAAAGGAGGCUUUGGUGUUGUUUGUCGUGGUUUUCUAAACAAUGAACAAGUAGCCGUCAAAGUUAUCUCACAUUCAUCAACUCAAGGCUACAAGGAAUUCAAAACAGAGGUCGAGCUACUUCUAAGAGUUCACCACGUGAAUUUAGUAAGCCUCGUCGGAUAUUGUGAUGAAGGAAAUGACUUGGCUCUCAUCUAUGAGUUCAUGGAAAAUGGGAACUUAAAGGAACAUCUCUCAGGAAAACGUGGUGGCUCUGUUUUGAACUGGUCGAGUAGACUUAAGAUAGCUAUUGAGUCUGCGCUAGGAAUUGAAUAUUUGCAUAUUGGAUGUAAGCCGCCAAUGAUUCAUAGAGAUGUGAAAAGUACCAAUAUACUUUUAGGUCGACAUUUUGAAGCCAAGCUCUCCGAUUUCGGACUUUCAAGAUCUUUUCUAGUGGGAAGCCAAACUCAUGUAUCAACAAAUGUUGCCGGAACUCUAGGAUAUCUUGAUCCCGAAUACUACCAAAAGAAUUGGUUAACAGAGAAGAGUGAUGUUUAUAGCUUUGGGAUUGUGUUAUUGGAGAUAAUCACUGGCCAGCCUGCGAUUGAAUACUCCCGUGAAAAUUCUUACUUAUCAGAAUGGGCGACGUCUAUGCUAGCGAAUGGUGAUAUUGAAGGAAUUAUGGACCCGAAUCUCCAGGGAAAAUACGACACGGGAUCAUCUUGGAAAGCUCUUGAAUUAGCAAUGUCAUGCAUAAACCCUUCUUCUAGAGAGAGACCAAACAUGACCAGGGUUGCUCAUGAACUAAACGAGUGUUUGGAAAUAUACGACAACUUUAGUAAAAGAAAUAGCCAAGAUGCAAAUUCAUCAAAGUCCAUGGUACAUAACGUAAGUUUCAUCAGUGAUAGUCCUUCAGCUCGUUAAUCUUUCCAUCUAUAUUCUUUGAAGCUUAUACUGGUUGUAUUCAAGUCUGUAAUGUGAAUAGUGUUAAAAAAGCGUUAUCUCCUGGUACGGAAGUGACUC